CACGUUUGGUGAGCGCGAGGCAGGGGUUUUUGUCUCGCAGAGGGAAUCGUUCUGUUCUUCAGAGGGCUCGCGCACACCGGAGAAGCAGCAGCACGCAGCAGCAGCCCAGCAAGAAGAAAGUGGUUUAAAAUUAGCAGACUGUAGUCUUCUGUCUGCUAGAGCCUGUUCCUUCUGUUACACCGCGACAUUUGAACAAGGUGAUACUAAAAUUCUAUCGUUGGUGAUAAUAAUAUUAAUAGCAAAAGUAACCUACCAUGGAGGACCAGCUGCUGUGCUGCGAGGUGGACUCCAUCAGGAGAGCCUACCAGGACGUCAACCUGCUCAACGACCGAGUUCUCCACACCAUGCUGAAGGCAGAGGAAACCUACCUACCGUCACCAAACUAUUUUAAGUGUGUUCAGAAAGAAAUCGUACCUAAAAUGAGGAAAAUAGUUGCCACAUGGAUGUUAGAGGUCUGCGAGGAACAGAAAUGUGAGGAGGAGGUUUUUCCCCUGGCUAUGAACUAUUUGGACAGAUUUUUAUCAGUGGAGGCCACCAGGAAAACACGACUGCAGCUGCUAGGAGCAACAUGCAUGUUUCUAGCAUCAAAGAUGAAGGAGACAGUGCCCUUAACAGCGGAGAAACUCUGUAUCUACACGGACAACUCGGUCCAGCCCGGAGAACUGCUGCAAAUGGAGCUGCUGGUUCUCAACAAGCUGAAGUGGGAUCUGGCUUCAGUCACACCUCACGACUUCAUUGAACACUUCCUGUCCAAGCUGAAGAUCUACCCGUCCACCAAGCAGAUCCUCAGGAAACACGCCCAGACCUUCGUGGCUCUCUGUGCUACAGAUGUUAACUUCAUUGCCAGUCCUCCGUCCAUGGUGGCGGCAGGCAGUGUGGUUGCAGCUGUUCAGGGUCUCUACCUGAAGAGCCAAGAUGCCUCCUUGUCCUCCCAGAACCUCACCAACUUCCUGUCGCAGGUCAUUCGCAGUGACCCGGACUGCUUGCGAUCAUGUCAGGAGCAGAUAGAGUCUCUGCUGGAGUCUAGCCUGCGGCAGGCUCAGCAGCACAGCAACACAGCAGAAACCAAACGUGUGGACGAGGACGUGGACCUGUCCUGCACUCCGACAGACGUCAGAGACAUCAACAUCUGAAAUGACAGACAACUGCGUUGCACGAUGAUCUGACGAUCGUGGAAAAGUUGUGGAUAGAGAGUGGUGACAGGAGGGCUGGGGGGGGGUGUGUGCCUCAUCUGAACUCAGCCUCCCCUCCUUCUCCUCCUCCUCCUCCUUCUUCCUCCUGGUGGGCUGCUAUCAUGGCCGACGUGUUACUCAGAUGCACGCUGUCUGCUACGACUGCUAAGAUGGGACAGAGCGCCCCCCGCCCGCCAGACAACAAACCCCAAGUCACAUUUCCUGCCAGUGUCCCCUCCCAUCCUGGGAAAUGAAAUGAAAUGAACACUACACAAGUGUACCGGAGAGAAAAGACACUGAAUAUUGAUGACCUGCGUGGGCUGGAGCUGAAGCCACAAAAGCAGACAUCUUAGUAAAUAUUUUUUCUUAUGCCCUCAAAUAUAAAACUAGGAAUCUUUCAAUUACCACAGACUCAACUUGCCUACUAAAACAUCCCAAAGUGUCGUGCAGUAGGUCCUCAUAGUCUGUCUUCAGAUCUCAAAUCUGAAAUCUGACAUUUACUAAAGACAAGAGGCUUUUUUGUCUUCAUUUUUUUUCUGUUGUAUCUAGAAUGUUUUAGACUUCCUGUCCAAUGUUUGUCUUGUUGCAGUGCAGACAUUCAUAUACCCCUGCUUGCUUAUGUUUAGUCACUUUAUUAUAUAUCAUUUUAGACUUCUUCAUCAGUUAGUCUUAUACCUCUUUUCUUCCAAACCUUUUGUUUUUUUUAAACUAAGUGUAGAGU